CACAAGCUCCACCCAACUGUCUAAAGUUAUAAUUUCAGAGCACAGAGUCUCACUCUCAGAGUCAAGUAAAAACGGAAAUCCGUACGCCACUGUCGUCUCGUCGCGACAAAACCAAAACCCAACCUUGAGCUUCUUCCAACGGAAAAGAGAUGAUUUUCUUGUGCUGGGCUCAUCCAUCUCCUCAAGAACAGAAGGCCUGCAUCAACAAGUCAGGUGCAUUCAACUAUGACGCUAAAUUCAGGGGAGCUACUGCUAAGCCCCUGUCUUGCCUCCAAGAAGAUAAAGAGCUCUCAAAAGAUGGUUUCUUACUGAACCAUGCGCGUGUGUUAGUUGGCCCCGGUCUUGAGACUUUUGAAAAGGGUAAAAGCGCUCUACAAACUUGGAGGAAUUUUGGAUUGGAUUGGGCAUUUAUUGAUUCUAAAACUCCAAUUCAGAAUGGAGUCAAGUUCUGUGUUUGUCUCAAGGAGUUUCUCCCAUGGAUGAUGAUGCCACUUCAGGUUGUGUAUGUAAAUGACAAGAGAAAGGCUAACAAGGCCAUAGUGUCAUUUGGUUUUGGAAGCGGUACCCUUCAAGGUCACCUACUAUAAUAUGCGUCGUGGAAUUCUGGUGGAUUGCAGGCUGGGGAAGAACGUUUUUCCAUUGAGUUAGAUGAGAACAACCAAGUGUGGUAUGAAAUACUUUCCUUCUCAAAACCUGCCCACUUUUUGUCAUUUAUUGGGUAUCCAUAUGUACUGCUAAGGCCCAUAUUGCUGUGUUAAUGCAUCAAGAUGAUUGUUUUU